ACAAUGGUUAAUGAACUAAAUGAAGAGGAAGGAGAGAAGAAAAGCUGGUUUGGACGAAGUGAAACAUUGUCAACGGAUUAUGUCAAUUACAUGGAUGAAUUAAGUUCCUUUAUUGGCUGCAAACCCAAACUUCCUCUUCUCUGCAUUACUGACCCAAAACUGGCAUUUGAAGUAUUCUUUGGUCCUUGUAGCCCCUACCAAUUCCGUCUGAUGGGGCCAGGUAAAUGGAACGGUGCUCGAAAAGCAAUUUUAAACCAAUGGAACAGAACUAUCAGUGCCACAAGAACAAGAGUUGUUCCUUCUCUUCAAGAGUGUUCCUGGAUUAUUACAUUAGUCAAGUUAAUGUUUCUGCCUUUACUUCUUGCUGUGUUUCUGGCUUGGUCUUAG